CAAGUUUUGACAAAUUGUUCUGGAAACAAUGCCAACUUGUUUACAAUCAGGUAUUUGUGAGGAAUCACCGUUUUCCCACCGUCUUUUAACUGUCUCUCGACUGUUCGGUCGCCAUCUUGUGGUGACGGUGUUAACUACAUCAAGAAGCACCCCGGAACUGGAGGCGGAUACGAGUCUGACCUUUUUCCGUCUCGGGACAGCGGCAGAGGUCUCCGUAUGGAAGGUGGACAUCAACUCGACACAGGAUGCUGUGUUUCGAAAGACGCUAUACACCAACACCACCAUCUUCAUGAAGUUCCAGGGUGACGCAGCGUCAUGUGAUAGAAACCUACCAUUCAACAUCAGCUGGUACCUGCGCUCCUCUGUCUGCUACAAUGAGGUCUUUAACACACCAGACAACAAAGCCAUGAACAUGUUCGGUAUGGACCACAUGUUGAAAGACGGCUGGAGUGGCUUCUACAGUCAGGGCUAUAUGUACUUUGACAACUGCUCCUCCCUCUUCUUACCAAAGGUGUAUUAUGCAGACUUCAACCCAUAUCAGCCCCUCACUAGCCCAAAGAGUGACCCAUCAAAUCAGACGCUUUUUUGGCCUGACAAGCCAGAUAUCAGUGCAGUGGCCAAAGCUUGGGAGGACAGUCCAUAUCUGUUCAUAGUGAAGGUGCAACCUUUGUACAGAGUUGAGGAUGAAGACAACGCAGAGCACCUCAACUUUGCCUUUACAAUGGUAGUUGAGAUGAAGAGACCACAUGACUACUCUUCUCCAGCAGACUGGCCCCUGAUGAUGUUCUUCAUGAUCAUGUGCAUUGUGUAUGUGCUGUUUGGGGCUCUCUGGCUCUUCUGGUGUGCCUGCUAUUGGAGGGAUCUGUUGCGGAUCCAGUUCUGGAUCGGUGCUGUCAUCAUCCUGGGCAUGCUGGAAAAAGCUGUGUUUUACUCAGAAUACCAGAGCAUCCGUUACAAAGGAGACUACGUUCAAGGUGCUGUGAUUUUUGCUGAGCUGCUCUCUGCACUCAAAAGAUCUCUAGCCAGAAUCCUGGUCCUCAUUGUCAGUCUUGGUUAUGGCAUAGUCAAGCCCAGGUUGGGUACCACAGUGCACAGGCUGGUAGCUGUUGGGCUUCUCUACCUGCUCUUCUCCUCUGUGGAAGGUGUGCUAAGAGUGACUGGUGGUUUCUAUGGGACGGUUGCCCUGGUGGCCAAUCUCAGCCUCUCCCUUAUUGACUCCUGUGUCAUGUGGUGGAUUUUCAUCAGUCUGUCUCAAACCACUCGUCUCCUGAAGCUCCGCAGAAAUGUAGUGAAACUCUCUUUGUAUCAGCACUUUACCAACACUCUAAUCUUCUCUGUUGUCGCUUCCAUCAUAUUCAUCAUCUGGACCACCAAAGUUUUCAAGCUGGUAGACUGCCAGACGGGUUGGAGGGACUUGUGGGUAGACGAUGCUUUCUGGCGUCUCCUGUUCUCCACCAUUCUUCUGGUUAUCAUGGUGCUGCUGCGACCCUCUGCUAACAGCCAGAGGUUCUCCCAUUCUCCUCUUAUUGAUGAAGAUGAUGAAGAGGAAGAGGCUAAGGAGCCCAUGCUGAGUGAGGCAUUUGAGGGAAUGAAGAUGAGAGGCUCAAAGCCUGACUCUAAUGGCUCCCAGAAACUGUUGAGUAAAGAGGAUGAAGACCUGAAAUGGGUUGAGGAGAACAUUCCUACAACUGUUGCCGAUGUAGCUCUCCCUGUAAUGCUAGAUGAGGAAGAGGAAAUCCUGAAAACCAAGAUGGAGAGAUCCAAAAUGGAAUAGACGUAAAAGCGAGAAGAUGACGUGAGAAUAAAUUGAAGGCAAUUUCACUGAGGCGUCAAUGAAUGCGUUCUGAGUGGUCUGAUUACCAAAAAAUGUGGGCAAAGCUAACCGUUCCCUCCAGAGACUUUCCUUUUUUAAUUUUAUUUUACAGGUACAAUGUAACACUAGAAAGCUCACAGAAGCAUUAAUUGUGUGUUUAUAUUAAGGCGGGACUGUGCAAUCCGUAGUUAGAUGGGUUGGCUGUUAAUGUCAUGAUUGGCAUUCUGUGAAGGGGGUGAAACUGAAUCAAUUACAAAGCACAGGACUUUGAUAAAUAUUUUAUUUGUUUCAUAGAUGUUUCUUCAGUAACACCAAAGUCAAGUCAAGCAGAAACUGGGUGAAUUACGCGAUGCCCUUGUGAAAAAUAGACUAUUUAUCAAAAUCCUGUCCUGUGGUUUUAAACUUUAAUGGGGCGUGUGGUUUUAUGAGCACUUGGGAGGAACAUGAAAACAUCUGAGAGAAGUUUCCUCACCUGCUUUUCCUCGCCUGAAUUGCAGAUCGCCUGAUUGGUCAAAUUUGUAAGACUGUGAGGACUGAUUUCAAAUCUGUUCAGGUACAAAUUGGCGGAUGUCUCAGCCAAGAAAUCAGAUGAUUGAAAACACAUGCUGAAAACGCCAAGUUAUUAUGCAUAGUAAAAUUAUAUUUGAGCAAACACAAUGAAUGAAACACUUGAACUGUAGGUUAUCUUCAGAGGUGUACUGUGCCAUAAAUAAAAUGCUGUUUUCAGUUUGUGUUUUAUUGCACUAUAUAUUUCAUAGGUCACAUAAUGACGUAUAUUUAAAAUUGAAAUGAGCGAGCAACUUUAUGGUAUGAUUAACCAUUUAGCCAGAUAACAAAAAACAAACAAAAAAAGUUUUAAUGCUUUUACCUUACCAGUGAAGAUUUCCUGAGCUCAUUUCUUGUAGCUGCACCAACAAAUUAUAUAUGUAAGUCUUAUUGUUAACACAUAACUAACACUUUGUUGUCUGGCUAACUGAGUAAUCCUGAACAUGGAUUACUCUAUGUAAACAAUACUGCAUCAGUGAAUAUUGAUACUUGAAGCAUAUCGCAGUUGUCAGGGUAAAACACACUACAUCUGUGUUUUAAAGAUUCUCGUGUUAACUGGAACAUGCAGUACUGUUCUGGGCUGGGAGAAUGAAACUCUUUCAAAGCCAAGUUAAUACUAUUGUAAACACAGUGUCGUCAGAAGUAUUCAUUUUGUACACAUGAGCAUUACACCAGAUCACUUCUCUGAGAUAUUGUUAUUUACACAGAACAGUUCAAGCAAGUGAAAAUAUGAUUGUUUGGUCCUUAGUGAGUGGGGAAAAUGUAUGACUCUUAUAAAAAAUAUUGUCCAGACCCGUUCUCAUGCAGAAGCAUAGACUGUGCAGAAGUAGUCAUAACUCUAAACAUAAGGAUGUUUUUGUUUGUUUUUUUUCUAUAAAAAGUUAAAUUUUGUAGCAUUUCACAAAGCAGUGAUUUAGGUCCACUUCAUGUUGUAAACUUUUUUUAGAUAUUAAAUCACAAAACCCAACGAUUGGCCUCAAAGAUGUGGUUUGGGCCUAAAUUUAGCUAUACAUGUAAUUUACUGUAUGUAUGUAAACAUUUCUCACUACACCUCCACUAACUAGGUCAGAGUACAGAAGCACAGGGUAGUUUAAAACAUAUAUAUAUAUAAUGCACAUGCUUAAUCUUAAUUUCAGAUUUUUUUGAGCCUAUCCCAUUCACACUGCAAAAUAAUCUCGCCUUAUUUGGCAGAAUUAUAUCCCUGUCCUUGUGCAACCUACUGUAGUAUGUGUGAAUAUUUUAAAUUACUUAAUUUAUGGGGGGGGGUUUCAAGUCUUGUUGAGGAUAUUUUAUUUUAAAGAGACACUAAACCCAAUUUCUGAAUGUGAGUCUGCAUUGUAAUGUGAAGCUGAUGAUAUUGUAUGGCUUUUUGCAUAUGUGCUGCAAAUAAAAUUUAUAUUGAAAUUUG